AUGGACAAUAUGGCGUCGAAUGUAAGUUUAAGAAAUAAUAAACAGAGGAAAGACAAUUUGAUAACGAGGAAACAGGACAAGUCUCCAGAGAAGACGAUAAGAGGGACGAGAGGGGCCUACAGAGGCAUCCCGUCAACGUCCAAGAGGGCUGAGGAGGAUGAGACGGGCUCCACGGAAAGACUGGACAGACCAAAGAAAUUCAUAUCACAAAAUAAAAGCAAUUAUGGACUGGGGAAGAGGCCUGAUUUCUCGUUGAAGAAUAGAAAUGUCCAUUUAGCUUCGUCUCGGUAUGGACAGAUGACAUCAGGGCUGCACGGCCACGGUCACCAGAUUUCACAGCCGACGGCACACCAACUCGAACCCACAGUACUCCCCGCCAAGGAGAAGACUGUGCACGGGAAGGAAAAGACUUUUAAGGUCGUGGUUGGCAACGAAGUAGGCGUGAUGAAGGCUCCGGUGCUCGGCCCUCGGCCGUACAACGCGCUCGCGAUUAUUCACACACAACAGAGCAACACGUUCGACAUGCUGAAUUCCCUCACCACUAGUGUUGCCAGUCAACCGGUGGUCGGUGUGGGUGUCGGCGGGUUCCACAGGCGGAGUUCGGGCCAGGGUACUUUGUGCGACCCGGAGCUGGAUGACAGCGGCAAUAAACUGGUCGCGAGGCUCGAAGACGACGCUUUUAUCUCGGAACAAGAUCUGGAGGAAAACAUAGAAAUAGCGACAGCGACAGAAAAGCGAAUAUCCAACACCGACGCGUCUGGGGAAGACCAGCCGCAGGAACCACAAAAUGGUCUAGUCUACGGUCCCAUAUACGAGCUUGAGAAGCUGGAACAAAAGGAGAAAGAGAAGCAAGACAAUGAGGAUGAAGAGGAGCCUAUAGGAGUUUCGCCCUGUGGCAGGUUCUUCAAGUACGACAAGGAAGUGGGUCGCGGCUCGUUUAAGACGGUGUACCACGGACUCGACACACAGACUGGCGUCGCCGUAGCUUGGUGCGAAUUGCUCGAAAAAAAACUGAACAAAACAGAGCGCCUGCGAUUCCGCGAGGAGGCAGAUAUGCUAAAAAAGCUGCAGCAUCCCAACAUUGUGAGAUUUUACAAUUACUGGGAAGGCACAGUGGCUAAGAAGAAAAAUAUUGUGUUAAUCACAGAGCUUAUGUUAUCUGGCACUUUGAAAGCAUAUCUGCGUCGGUUUAAGCGCAUAAAUCCGAAAGUGCUGAAGUCGUGGUGUCGCCAAAUACUCAAGGGACUGAAUUUUCUACAUUCAAGAACACCGCCUAUCAUACACAGAGAUCUGAAAUGUGACAACAUCUUCAUUACCGGCACGACGGGUAGCGUGAAAAUCGGGGACCUAGGACUGGCCACGCUCAAGAAUAGGAGCUUCGCUAAGUCCGUGAUAGGUACGCCCGAGUUCAUGGCGCCUGAGAUGUACGAAGAGCACUACGACGAGUCCGUGGACGUGUACGCGUUCGGCAUGUGCAUGCUCGAGAUGGCAACCGGCGAGUAUCCCUACAGCGAGUGCAGCGGGCCCGCUCAGAUCUACAAGAAAGUUGUCUCGGGCGUGAAACCUCAAAGUUUAGAGAAAGUGACCAUUCCAGAGGUGAAAGAUAUCAUCGAAUCCUGUAUCAAACCCAACAAAACAGAUAGGCCAAAAGUGAAAGAUCUGUUGAACCACGAGUUCUUUGGUGAGGACAUCGGUCUACGGCUGGAGAUCGUGGGAAGAGAUCUGGUGACAUCAUCUGAAAUUACCAAAAUACAGUUCCGUCUCAAAAUCAUCGAUCCCAAGAAACGGUCCUACACUCAUAAGGAAAACGAGGCUAUCCAGUUCGAGUUUGAUAUGGAGAACGAUGACUGCCAGGAGGUGGCCAACGACAUGGCAAAGGCUGGUCUCAUCAUGGAGGAGGACGCCAGGAUCGUUUUCAAGUUACUCAAGUCACAGCUCAUCAGCCUCAACAGAGAGAGGAGUGAAAAGAAAGCGCAGAUGCUGUUCAAUCAAGAGGUGAUCAUUGAACAGAACAGGCAACAGAUCUAUGAACAACAGCUGAGACAGAUGAAGAUAAUCCAGAACCAACAGCAAGUCCCGGUAGACCAGGUGAAAUCUGGACUCCUCAACGGUGUGGGACCCCAGCCUUUGACAGCCGUCCAACUCGACCCUCAAUCACAACUCCUCCAAGCGCAGCAGCAUCUACUCCAACAGCAGUUCCAGCAGUUGAACAAUGAGGAAACAGCGAUGAAGCUGCUGCAGCACAACCUUAUGCAAACUAGGAUCUCACCGUCACUCGGGGUGGAUCAACAGUCACUAUUGGAGCAGAACUUCCAGCAGCAGUCGUUGUUGGAGCAAAAUUUGAAACAGCAGGUAAUGAUGGAGCAGAAUCUCAUCAACCAGCAGAUGCUGGAACAUUCAGUCCAAGGUCAGGCGUUAAUGGACCGCCAGGUUCAACAGAAUCUUCUAGAGCAAGUUCCUUCUCAAACACAACUUCAACCGAAUCUUCUUAACCAACAACUUUCAGCUGAAAUCAACAAUCAAAAUCAAGUGUUGCAGCAACAGAUUAUUCAACAGCAACAAAAUAUAAUCGCUCAACAAGCGGCAGCAAUACAACAGAAGCAGCUAGAGGAACAUCUGACUGCCCAGGAGAAUAUUAUCUCUGGUCCACAGAAUCUCGUCACUGGCCAGAUAUUGGAUCCUUCGUUGCAGAAUUUGCAAAACAUUCUUUCUCAAAUAAUACAAAGGCCUGACACAUUACAGCAAAAUAGGAAAGAAUCGGAGUCAGAAACUCAGUCUCAACAAGUCCAACCACAGCACACUCAACCAAUCAGUCAACAGCAAUCAGAACCUGUGGAAAUCCAACAAAACCAGGAACAGGAACAACAAGCUUUACAACACAGAAUGCAAAUGUUAAUAGGAGCUCAGAUGCAACAGCAAAAUAUUAAUUACCAACAAAAUCAGCAAUACAUGCAGCCAAUAUUACCUACAGCCAUAGAUCCAGCUUUUAUAGCUCAGCAACAACAGGUCGCCCAAGCCCAGCAACAAGUAGCUCAAGCCCAACAACAAUUGGACAUGCAGAAACAAGUCUUAACGCAACAACAGUUAGUACUCCAACAACAAAUGCUGACACAACAACAGUUAGGGAUGCCAGGGCAAACGUUAUCACCUCAGCAUUUUAGACAUUUCCAACAACAACAACAGUAUUUAGCUCAACAAGAAUUACAAUUACAAACUCAGCAAAAUAUAAUUACCCAAAAUUGGGCAAUUUUAGCCCAGAAACAACAACUCAUGGAGCAGCAACAUCAGAAAGUUGAGGAAAUCCUUAGAUCCCAAAGGCCUAUGUACCAACGUCAAGGUUCUGAACAAAGCCAGAUCAGUUCUGCUGAUGUCCAUGAUCAGCAGCAGGUUAUGAUGCCGGAACAGUACUCUCAGAAAGCUCAAUUACAACAGCAGAUGUCAGUAGACCAAAUGCAGUAUGCAAAUCAGCGUUCUGAUGACCAUUAUCGGCAGCUGCCACCUAUGCAAGGUCAGUCGCUUCCGCAUAAUAUGCAAAUGCAGCAAAAUUUCAACGUGGUGCAACAAAAUGAAAGGCAGAUUUCUAGUCAUGAAGGCACUCCGGUGCAAAAUUAUACUGCCAAUCCAUUACAGAUGUACCAGCAAGCUCAAAGUCAACCUGUUCAGAUGAUGCAAAAUCUCCAAUACCAAGUGGAGCCUUCCAUACCAUCGUCAGUUGCGGGUUCAAUACCACAGAGCAACCCUCAGUCAGUUCCUCAAGAUAGUAUAUCUCAGAUGUCUGCAGUUCAACAAUCCAUUCCGCAAUCACUAACUAAAGUUCCUGUACAGCCAAUACAGCAACCGUCAGUCCCUCAGUCAGUAAACUCCGUCCCUCAACCAAUUCACUCGAUUUCUCAACCCGUUCAAACUAUUCCACCACCAUCACAGUCGAUACCGCAACCCACUCAAUCCGUAAUACAACCUAUUCAAUCUAUACCUCAGUCGGUACAAGCCAUACAGUCCCAGCCCCAAACCCAAACCGUUCAGUCCACACAACAAUCUAUCCAGUCGAUACCACAACAAGUCCAAUCCACUCCACAGCAAAUUCCCACACAGAUAUCCAUUCAGCAACCUGCACAAACGUUGCCACCAGUUCCUCAACAACCUAUCCAGCAACAAACACAGCAACAGUUACCACAAUUACAACAACAGCCUGUGCAAGAUACAGCACCACCGCAGUUGAACCUUGCUUCGGAACAGGUUGAGAAUGGCUAUCAGAGUAAUGGGACACAGAAAGAACAGUUCUUUACUCCGCUGUCUGAGAUUGCUAAUAACCACUCGGAACCUAGUAAGCAUCCAGAUCUUAGUUCUGUUGAGGAGAAGCAGUCGGAGUCCCAGCAACAAGAAGCAGGAACAGCCAUAUCUUCUCCAAUAACGAGCGAAAAAAAAUCCCGCGGAUCGAAGAAACGUUCCCGAGAGAAGGACAAGCUGCCAAAGCUGACGGUGCUGGAAGUCAAUGAAGAGGCUACCGUGGUGGAGUGCCAGUUGGAGUCCAAGUCUAAGACUGUUACCUUCAAGUUCGACGUCACUGAUGUGAACCCUGAAGAGAUUGCGAGUAACUUGGUGUCCAACAACCUUCUCCCGGAGUGGCAGAGUGCCGCAUUCAUGGAGCUCAUUAAAGAUAUCGUUAAUCAGCUAAUCAACAAUCCUGGAGUGACGCCAGUUCUUAAUCCAGCUCACCACUCGCUCAGGCUUAACAUAGACAAGACCGACUACGAUUCAGAGACGACAGAGCGCGAAGAGAAUCUCACGGACUCGAAUCAGGACAACUCGGAGUGCACGACGCCCACCGCGUCGCACGACAACAUCGCCGCGGAACUGGCUUACGACCAGGCCGAACCAGAACCUCUACCCGAAGUUGUGAAACCUACCCACAUAGACACAGUGUCCAGGAAGAUUAGCACUGCCUCGUCCAUAGGUUCUAAUCAAUCAGAUGGCGGGUCAAUAGCCCCCGAACGAUCGGGAAGUACAGAAUCACAAAAUGGCGACAAAAAGCAACAGAAACCAUCACGUAAAAUAUCCAGAUUUCUAGUCAGCCCAGUGGUGGACCGUGGGGAAAACGUUCCAGAGGAGAAGUUACUCGAGGUUGAACCCCCUCCACCAGCAGUCAAUGGCAUCGAUAAAGACAUCACAAUACAACCUCAAGAAUUUGUUCCUACUCACCAGUAUUCAGUGCCAUCACAGGCCCCUGUCAUAGACCACCGGUCAGAGAUUACAGUCCCUCAAGUAGACCACAGGCCAGAGAUUACAGUCCCUCAAGUAGACCACAGGCCCGAGGUCCAGCCGGAAAGACCAGUAGAAUUAGUCAAAGAGAUUCCUGUUAGCGUUAAUGUGCCAGCACCUGCUCCUUUAGUUUCUAACGUACCAACUAUUCCACAAAUUCCAGUCCAAAAUGUUAUUAACCCUAAUCUACUCACAGCUACAUCAUUACAACCUAACCUUACGACCCCGUUGCAAAUAACUACCGACAGUCCAUUACUAGGGUUAAGUCAAGUCGGUACUCCAAUGGGUGUCGGAGGAGAGCUACUAAAUAUCGGGCUGGGACAUGUGGGAGGCAGUUUGGACCCCUCUUCAGUGUCGUUGGGUUUGUCUACGCAGCAAACACUGACGCCGACCCCGGGGAGUGUGGACGCCUUGUCUAACACUGAGAAUUUACAGAGGAUGUUACUGAAGCAAAAUAUUAUGAAUCAGCAACAAAAUCUAUCCGGUCCCAAUUUGUUGGGGUUGCUUAAUCAGCAAUCGUUUCCGCAACCAGAGCUGAGCCUACACAGCACCCUCCUUAACAACACGCAGCCCGCACCGGUGAUGAUGACCGGCCGCCUGCCCCCGCAGUAUCCACAGCAGAAGUACUACCAACCGAUGAGAGCUACCGCUAGCGACUUUAUUGCCCAGCAGCAGGCUCUACAGACAUCUGUUAACCAAUUGGCCAACCAACAAAUGAACCAGCUCGGCAUCAUGGGACUAGCGGCACCCCUUCCCCCCCAAUCAAUGUUCCAGCCUCAGAGCAUGGCGCAGAACCUUGCGCUUAACCAGAAUCUUAUGAGUCAGAAUCUUGGGCAGAACUUGGGUCUAGCAUCUCAAAAUCUCGGCUUGUCCGGACAGAAUCUCAUUGGCAGUCAAAACCUAGCACUUGGUAGUCAAAACUUGGCACUUGGUGGUCAGAAUCUGGCCAUCAUGGGAUCUAAUCUGGGACAGCUGGUGGCGCAGCGGGCUGUUCAUCAGGCGCUGGCCAGGAGGGCCGUUGAUAUUGAUAUGGCCGGUAAUUAUCAGAAUGGCAUGACGAACGUGAACUCUACGGGAUCCUCGCAGCCGAGCACGCCGAACAAGACCCAGUCGUACAACGAAUAUAUGCUGAGUCUGCAACAUAAACUAGCCUCAAUAUCGAAUAGUGGUCCCGUGUCGCCUCAGUCACCGCUAGAAUACAGCCCUGCUCUAUCUCCAACUCACAGGCCACCCUUACAUAAUAUGCCUAAGAGUGAAGUGAGUGAGGUGUCAUCCAGUGUAGUGGGAGUGGUGGGGAGCGGUGCGCCCAAGAGCCGGCACGCAGCGGCACUUGCCGAGCUGGACCACGAGCUCAGCAAGAUCAGCCUCAACUACAAGCAGCCGCCGCCCAAGGACGGCUUCGACCCUGCGACCGAACACGACGCUGUCACCAAUUAUGCAGAACUGGGUCCUUCGUGGGAGUCUCGCUCGACGCGGUUCCGCGUGUCCCGCGCCGCUCCCUGCCGCGGCUACGAGCUGUGCAGGCUAAUGCCUAACGAACAUGCUAAAGACAAACUCGACAUACUGUCCCAAACACAUCCGUUCACGGAGGGCGGUUUAGACUCCGUGUCGAUGGCGGACAACAAUUCGAUGUACGAGGAGGGUGCCACGACGGUGGGGGGCUGUGGAGGGGAGACCUACGUCAUCACGGACGCACGUGCGCACACGUACCUCGUGCACGACGCGCUUGCUGACGUCGUGGCCACCAUCAUCGACCCCAAUAGAUCCCCCGCACAGCAGACAGCAGCGAGCAAGAGCGAGGAGGCGGUGAGCGAGGCCCCGGGCGACAACGAGUCCAGCUACCUCAUCGUGGACCCGUGGCGCGAGCUGACGUGCGCGGUGCUGGACCGCGCGCUGCGCCUGUCGGCCGACCCCGCCUUCGUCCCCUUCGCCGACCACAAGUACACGCACCCGCGCCCCGCCACACACGAGGGAGGCGAAGUUGUAUCAGUAACAGAGGAGCUGUCACGCUGGAAGCUGCUUGAGAGUGGUGACAAGGGCUCUUGGCGAGAAGGUUCCGUCAUCACGGAGCAGAGCGAAACAACGCCAAGAGAGCUGCGGUCCAUACAGCAUCGCGAUCGAGAACUCGCCGCAGACGUGCUGCUCACAGAACAUCUUACCGAUAAAGUGUUGUACCGGCAGGUGGUGCUAGUGUCAGUACGUCCGGCGCCUGCGCAGUUAUGA